AUGUGCAGGACGUGUGUGUGGCGGGGAAAGCACCUCGCCCCCUUCAGGGGUCAAGCCAAAGCCGUGGCGGCAACCAGUGCCACGGAGGACGAGGCUGAGGGGAAACCGCAGCUGGGGGAUCGGCCCGAGUCCGGGCAUCCUGCCAUCCCCUCCCCGCCCCGCGGCUGCCGCCUCUGGGGACCUGGUUGCCAGGCUCUGUCAAGCCUGCUGGGCAUGGCUGCGGGCGCUGUGGGCGAUGUCGUCCAGGGACCCCACGGAGGAGGACCUCUGCCACCUCCCAGGGCGCCCCCUGACCCGGGGCCGUGA